AACACAGACCCAGCCAGAGAGGGGCGAUGGCCGCCGGCAGAGGAUGCGGAGAAUCGGCGGAUGAGUGCCGGGCCGAGGUGGAGCGGCUGACGCUGGAGCUGGCCGAGGCGAACCGGGAGAAGAUCCGGGCUGCGGAGUGCGGGCUGGUGGUCCUGGAGGAGAACCAGGCGCUGAAGCUCAAGUAUGUGGAGCUGGAGACCGAGCAGGAGACCCUCCGGAAGGAGCUGGAGCAGCUACAGGAGGCGUUCGGCCAGGCCUACACCAACCAGCGUAAGGUGGCGGAGGACGGGGAGACCAAUGAGGAGACGCUGCUGCAGGAGUCGGCCUCCAAGGAGGCCUACUACAUGGGCCGGCUGCUGGAGCUGCAGACCGAGGUGACGCUGAGCCGCUCGGUGGCGUCCAACGCCCAGGCAGAGAAUGAGAGGCUCAACGCUCUGGUGCAGGAGCUUCGAGAGAGUAACGAGAUGCUGGAGCUGCAGCGGAGCAGGAUGAGGGAGGAAAUAAAAGAGUACAAGUUCAGAGAGACCAGGCUGCUUCAGGACUACACUGAGCUGGAGGAGGAGAACAUCACCCUGCAGAAGCUGGUGUCGACGCUGAAGCAGAGCCAGGUGGAGUACGAAGGCCUGAAGCAUGAAAUCAAGGUGCUGGAGGAGGAGACCGUCCUUCUCAACAGUCAGCUGGAAGACGCGCUACGCCUGAAGGAAAUCUCCGAGAGCCAGCUGGAGGAGGCCCUGGACGCCCUGAAGACCGAGCGCGAGCAGAAGAACAACCUGCGGAAGGAGCUGGCGCACCACAUCAGCCUGAGCGACAGCGUGUACGGCGCGGGGGCCCACCUGGCGCUCACCGUCACCGGCGUCGAGGGCCUCAAGUUCCCCGAGGAGACCAACGGGACCAACGGCAGCGCCGCCGUCCCCGCCGCCAACGGCAACAACGAGGACAGCAACCGGUGCAACGGCCACCUCCACUCGGGCACAGGGCUGGCCAAGAUGAACGGGGACUACCGGCCGGGCCGGAAAGGGGAGGGCCUGCACCCCGUGCCCGACCUGUUCAGUGAGCUCAACCUGUCGGAGAUGCAGAAGCUCAAACAGCAGCUGCUGCAGGUGGAACGUGAGAAGGCGACGCUGCUCAUGAACCUGCAGGAAUCACAGACUCAGUUACAGCACACGCAAGGCGCGCUGAGCGAGCAGAGCGAGCGGGUCCACCGCCUCACGGAGCGCGUCAACACCAUGAAGCAGCUCAACGGAGACAAAGAGCUGGACGACCCGCAGGAGACCGAGAAGCCCGACGGGGGCUCCUUCUCACCGCCGGCCAACGGCCGCCGCGACCCGGACAUCCACGGGUUCGAGAUCCUGGAGUGCAAGUACAAGGUGGCGGUGACGGAGGUGAUCGACCUGAAGGCGGAGCUCAAGGCGCUGAAGGAGAAGUACAACCAGGCGGUGGAGGGGCAGGGGGACGGCCACAACGACGACAGGGUGCAAGCGCUGAGCGAGCAGCAGGUGACACAUCUGGAGCGGAGCUAUCGUGAGAGCCGAGAGCGGGUGGCGAGCCUGGAGGCGGAGCUGCGGGCGUCCACCAGCACGGCCACGGAGAGCCAGGGCAUGCUGAACGCGGCGCAGGACGAGCUGGUGACCUUCAGCGAGGAGCUGGCUCAGCUCUACCACCACGUCUGUCUGUGCAACAACGAGACGCCCAACCGCGUCAUGCUGGACUACUACCGCCAGAGCCGCAUCACGCGCAGCGGCAGCCUCAAGGGCGGCGACGACCCGCGCGCCCUGCUCUCGCCCCGCCUGGCGCGCCGCCUGGCCGCCGCGUCCGCGGCCUGCUCCUCCGAUUCCCCCCGGAGUCCCAUGGACUCCCCAUCCAAAGACGCCCACCACGGCGAGGCAGCCAGCAACUCAGCGGACCCUCCAUCCUGCCACAGCAGCCCCACCCGCAACCACACGGGCUCCCCGGCCGCCGGCGCGUCGCCCUGCCCGUCUCCGGUGCCGUCGGACGCAGGCGGAGACCUGCGGAAGGAGCCGAUGAACAUCUACAACCUGAACGCCAUCAUCAGAGACCAGAUCAAGCACCUCCAGAGGGCCGUGGACCGCUCGCUGCAGCUGUCCCGGCAGCGCGCCGCGGCCAGGGAGCUGGCGCCGAUGCUCGACAAGGACAAGGAGUCCUGCAUGGAGGAGAUUCUCAAGCUCAAGUCCCUGCUCAGCACCAAGAGGGAGCAGAUAGCCACGCUCCGACUGGUGCUCAAGGCCAACAAACAGACAGCAGAAGGUGCGCUGGCUAACUUGAAGAGCAAGUACGAGAACGAGAAGGCGAUGGUGACGGACACCAUGAUGAAGCUGAGGAACGAGCUGAAGGCGCUGAAGGAAGACGCCGCCACGUUCUCGUCCCUGCGGGCCAUGUUCGCAACGCGGUGCGACGAGUACGUCACCCAGCUGGAUGAGAUGCAGCGGCAGCUCGCCGCCGCCGAGGACGAGAAGAAGACGCUGAACUCCCUCCUGCGGAUGGCCAUCCAGCAGAAGCUGGCCUUGACCCAGCGCCUGGAGGACCUGGAGUUUGACCACGAGCAGACUCACCGCGGACGCGGCGCUAAAGUACCCAAGAUCAAAAGCAGCCCGCCCAAAUUUCUUGUAGAUUGUCAGCAGCCUGCUGCCUCAGUACCGUCACUCUCCCCACAACUGAGGCGAGGGAGAGCCUCCCUAGCCCGCAGUCCUAAGUUUGCGGCGGCCCUCCAGGAGCAGCGAUCAGUCCUGUCCAGCAGCAGUGGCCUUCUGUCCCCCUGCGACCCUCGUAACUGCCUGGCCCACCACCAGCCCUGCUCCCCCGACACCUAGCCCCCCCGAUGGCCUG